AUUGUCGGUAGGUGGCGGCAUAGCCCUUUGUAAAAAAAUAAAAUAAAAAUAAAAAAGAGGUAGAAGCUGCCGGAAAAAUCGGGAAAAAUAGCCAGUGUAAUGCUAAUGCUAAUACCUAGGGUAGAUUAGCAGCAUGGGUGUCAAAAUAGAGAUAUUUAGGAUGAUGUUGUACUUGUCUUUUCCCGUGGCAAUGUUUUGGGUCUCAAACCAAGCCGAGUACUUUGAGGAGUAUGUAAUCAAAAGAAAGAGGGAGAUCUUUCCUCCUGACGAAGAACUUCACAGAAAAGAGUUUGAGGACUUCAAAGAAAGAAUGCGUAUUCGCAGAGAGCAGCGGAUGUCUGUGGAAUCAAAAAACUAAGGACACUUUUUUUCCAUUUGAUACCAAUGUCUAAUGAAGUGAUUGAAGAUUGAAAGUAUGAGCAAAUAUUGCUUAUAUAUGUCUGAGCAGUGGAGUAAAACUUUAUUUGUUUUGAUAUUCUUUUUGCUUUUGAUAUUUGACUUGGAGUGGCACGGUGGCUGAGUGGCCAACACUCCAGGUUGCAGAACUCAAACACAACGGACUCCAGGCACUCCAGAACAGUAGAAAAAAGUUAACACAUCGCACGAGGAAAAAUAUAGUUAAAAGGCCUUUAUUUGAAUGGCCAAAGCCAACAUGUUUCGAACUUAACUGGUCUUCAUCAGGGUUUAAUUAAGCCGAUGUGCGAUGUGUUAACUUUUUUUAAUGUUCUGGAGUGCCUGGAGUCUGUUGUGUUUGAGUUUUGAUCCUUUUUUCCAAGAGCACCCUCUACUUGCUCCUACUGAUUGGAACACCUGCAGCAAACAGCCACAUGUCUGUUCUUUCUACUCCAGGUUGCAGGUUUAAUUUUUACUUGUUUCUCUGAGAGGGCUUUUUGUCCACUCUGGUUUCCCCGAUCUAUCCAUAACAUGCAUAAUAGGCAAAAUCUUCAGACUAGCUCAUGAUCUGGAGAUAGACAUCUGGUGGGUGACUGCAUUAGCUCACUGCUGCUGAUGAUAGGAUGGGUCAGAUGCAGAGGAAAUAAUUCCCUACCAGAAUAAAAUAAAGCGUGCAUGUAACAUGUAUUUAUAUUGUUUAAUUAAAGAAAAAAAUGUAUACUUCUGAA